AUGAGUUUUAAAUGCCAGUUCUGCGGGAAGGAGGGAGCACUGAGAUGUUCAAAAUGCAAACGUGUUUACUACUGUUCAAAGCAAUGUCAAGUUCGAGAUUGGCCGAUGCACAAAUCUGUAUGUGGAAAGUACUUAAAGGAUUACACAGAUGCUGUUGCUGUAUUUAUUUUCUGA